AAACUCAAAACGGAUGUUAUUGAUUUGGCGCGAACCCGUGCACAGUACGACGACGAUUGUGAAUCGAAUGAAAAAUAAUAUUUAUUAGCAAUUCCAAAGUAUAAAAUAUCAAAAUGCCACACGGAGUGUUUGCAAAAAAGAGUGACUUUUUAGAAAUCGGUGAAUACAAUUUUACGUGGCCUGGAGAAAAUGGAACUUUUCAUGAUUUUGGCUCUGUAAAUUAUACAAUGCCCUCAGGACCCUGGUAUUGGCCGUGGUGUCCACUUUGGAGAACGACACAACAUCCACUUUUUCAGCUAUCUAACAUGCUUUUUGUGGCUUCGUACUGCGCUCCCAGUACGAAAAAAGGUCAAUUGUGGAUGCACACGAUUUUAAUAUUUGCCUUCAUGCUAUAUUCAAUAUGGGCAUGGCACGUGAUAUGUUCACCUGAUGCCUUCUCAUGGAAUUUCGGAUUUGUGUUCCUGAACCUCGCACAAGUGGUCUACUUGGUUUACGAGAUGAGACCUGUUAAAUUCGACCCUGAAUUAGAAGAAGUCUAUCAUACACUCUUUGAACCGUUCAAGGUGUCAAGACUACAGUUCAAACGCAUGGUAUCUCCUGACUUCGCCCACGUGAUGUCCUUGCACGCGGGAGAAGCGUAUGCAAUGCAGAACCUAACGAAAACCGAUCGGUUGGGACUGCUGCUCUCUGGGAAGGUAAAUGUAAUGAGCGGUCAUCAGUUCCUACAUCCUAUUCUUCCAUGCGAGUUUUUAGACUCUCCCGAGUUUGAAUCAAGUCGGGCUACGAUCGAUGAAAAGUUUAAGGUGUCGAUAGUAGCUGCGUCAUCAUGCCGCUACGUGUACUGGCAGCGGAGUUCUUUGGAAUAUUUGUUCGUUAAGGAGCCGUACCUCGCGUGCGUAGUGACUACGUUGAUAGCACGCGACAUCACCACCAAGUUGUACGCUAUGAACAAUAAGAUCGUCACUGAGAGAGGGUCGCACCUCGAUAUCAGGCUGCCGAGUAUAUCGCACGCACUCGCAAGGAGUCCACGGAAACUCCGUGGAGCGAGCAAGCUACCGCCGCCGACAACUGUUCAACCAGUACCUCCUGAAAAACGACCCAAUUGUUGGACGCGUGAAACGGAGCCUUUAACUACGGCUGUGAAACGCAAUUGCAACUCUACGUACAACGGAGGUGAUGAGGAGUUGAUGCCUUUAGCAGCUCACGAGGCUCCGGCUGCAUCAUCAGAUGAUUUGUCAGUAGCUGACAGUUGUCCUGACACGUCUUCCAAGUACCAUAGCUGUGAGGCAGUCGAAACUGACGAUGAACUCCGACAUUAAUGCAAAUUGGUAAUCAAAGUCAUACUUGAAGUCAAAAAUCAAAUAGACAGUUUUUGAAGAUCAAAAUUCUGGAAUGUGAAGAACAGAUCGUCAAGUAAUGUCAGGGUCUUGUUUAAACGUGUGUUUAAAUGUCAGUUAUCGUUUCCUGCGUGUUAAGUAAAAACCCUAAAAUGCAGUGCUGUAAAUUAAUUAUCAUCUGUCAUACAAUUGAUCGUGUAUCUUUGAAUUGUUUUGUUCAAAAUGCAACUAUAAAGUUUAUGGAUUAAGGUUGAUGGUAGUUUAAAAUAUAUUUACUCCAUCAAGGUAUCGUGUAUGGUGCGUAAGACCAAGACUGAUGGUGAAGUCAAACGUAUGUAAACGGUGGUCUAUUUUAUAUUCGUAUUUCGUGUUAAAUACUCAAUUUUAUUUUAGAGAAGAUAAUGUGAUAAACUUAUUAAUAUUACAAUAUUUAUAUCGCCUAUAUUAUAAAAAUAUCGGUUAAGAUUAAUUUAUUUGUCAUCACUAUUUGUAAAUUAGGAAAUAUUCCAUUGUGUUAGUCUUUGAUGUAUCGUGAUAUUCGUACAUAAAUGCAUGUUAAAUGUUUGUCUAAAACAGAAAAUAAACAUUGUUGAAUAAAAAA